UUGCGGCAUCACACAUUCGACGGUUUCAGUUUCAGAAGUAACUUCGGGAAUUCAAGUUUUCCUUAGUUUUUUCAAACUAACAAAUAACCCAAAACAUUGUUCGCACUGUUUCGAUCUGAUAUCGAUUUAGUUUGGAAUUUUUAUUUAUUUUUAAAAGUUUAAUAUUUCCAAUUAAAAAAAUGGCAAAAUCGUUGCUGAUCGUCAGUGCUUUGUUUUUGGCCGUCGUUGCUUCUGUAAUUGCUGCACCCGCUCCGAAGAAACAAAUGUCAUUUAAUUUAUGCAAGAAGAAUGAUCCCAACCUUGACAAGUGCUUGAAAACCUCAUUACAGGCAGUUAUUCCAGAAUUAGGCGAAGGAGUACCGAGAUUGAGGAUUCCAGCCAUUGAACCAUUCGAGCUUCCAUCUUUGGAAAUCGACCAUGGCAAGGGAAGCAGCAAAUCGGUUAGCAUUGACCUGAAGCUUAAAGACGUUAAAAUCAAUGGUUUGACCAGUAUGAUCAUCGACUCGUUGAAAAUCGACGUGGAUAACUACAAGCUUAAUGGAAAGAUUGGCUUCUCCAAACCACUCGAGAUCACUGGCCAAUACACGGUCAACGGAAAGGUGCUCAUAUUGCCCAUCACUGGCAACGGAGCGUGCACCCUUGUUUUGAACGAUCCAGUAUUGGAAGUGAAAGAAGUGACUGGAACUCCAUUCCAAAAGAACGGUAAGACUUUCGUCCAAAUCAAGAAAAUGGACCUGAGGUUGGCGAGCGUCAAGAAAUUGAACGUCAAGUUGGAAAAUCUCUUCAACGGAAACAAACAACUCGGUGAUAACAUGAAUUCGAUCCUGAACGAAAAUUGGGAAGUUCUUCUUGAAGAAUUGCAACCUGCAUUCGAAGAAGCAAUUGCAGCCAUUGCGCAGGAUAUUGUUAACAAGGCAUUGCAAAAGACCGCGUACACAGAUAUAUUCCCUCUGUAAAUCGUCGUCUGCCGCCGAAGUUGUUAAAGUUUCUAUACCAAAAAUGUUUUUUUUUUUUAAAUAUACACGUCGCCGUAAGGAAGUGCUAGAGUAGCUCGACAAAAAUGUCUAAUGUGAUCGACGCUAACGAGAUUGCUCAUACACAUAGUGCCCACUUUCGGAAGACUUGUUAUAUGUAUUAAAUUAUUACGCUUGUCUCAAAAACAUUUGAUGACAUGAUUAUUUAACUAAAAAAACCUAGUGUUUUUUCUAAAUUA